UGUCAUCAAUUUUCUCUCCAUACAAAUACGAUAUACAUACAUGACUGGGGAGGUGUGACAUUAAAAAUAAGAGAGAGUUGAGAGUGUUGGCCUGAGAAGUUUUGAGAAAAGUCAAUGGAGAAGAAACAUGAAGAAACCGAUGUCCUGAUUUUCCCUUUCCCAAUUCAAGGGCACAUAAACCCAAUGCUUCAAUUCUCCAAACGCUUAGCCUCAAAAGGCCUAAGGGUCACCCUAAUCUCCACUUCCAAAACCAUGCAACCCUCUGCCUCCUCCAUCAACUUCCACUCCAUCGAUUUCCAUGAAGGCGACGCAGCCGCCAACGUUGACGAAUAUCUUGAGCUCUACGAAUCAGUCGUCCCAAAAAGGCUAGCCCAGUUCAUUGAGGAGUACCAGAUUUGCUCUCAACAUGGAGCUAAAGUCCUGGUUUACGACUCUGGUAUGCCGUGGGCGUUGGAUGUGGCUAAACAGUUUGGUUUGCAAGGAGCUUCGUUUUUCACUCAGUGUUGGGCGGUGAACGCCAUUUUUAUUCAUUUGAAAGAGGGGAGUUUGAGGGUGCCAUUGGAAGAUGAGAAUAAGGGAAAUGUUGUAGUUUCGUUGCCGUCAAUGCCGGAGUUAGGGAUGAGUGAUUUACCAUCAUUUGUUAGUGAUAAGUCAGGGUCGUAUCCGUGUCUGUCGAAGCUUGUCAGAAGCCAGUUCUCAAAUUUUCAGGAAGCCGAUUGGGUCUUCUGCAACACUUACGAUAAGCUGGAACAUGAGAUAAUCAAGUGGAUGAGAAGCAAAUGGCCAAUCAAGACAGUUGGCCCCACAAUCCCAUCCAUGUACCUAGACAAACGAUUGGAAGAUGACAAUGAUUAUGGCCUCCACCUCUUCAAACCCGACACCGACCUUUGCCUCAACUGGUUAAACUCAAAAGAAGCUAGCUCGGUCGUCUACGUAUCAUUUGGAAGCAUAGCCGAUCUUACAGAGGAGCAAAUGGUGGAACUAGCAAUGGGUCUGAAAUUAACCAACAAAAACUUCCUGUGGGUAGUGAGAGAAAUGGAACAAAACAAACUCCCAAGCAACUUCAUGGAAGAAACAGCAGAAAAAGGGCUGGUAGUUUCAUGGAGUCCACAGUUGGAUGUUCUAGCGCACAGGGCAGUGGGUUGUUUCAUGACUCACUGUGGCUGGAACUCCACGCUUGAGGCGUUGAGCUUAGGGGUGCCAAUGAUUGCGAUGCCCCAAUGGACAGAUCAGCCUACUAAUGCGAAGUUUGUGGCUGAUGUUUGGGAAGUGGGAAUCAGAGUUAAAAAGGAUGAGAAAGGGAUAAUGAGAAAGGAGGAGAUCGAGAGGUGUGCAAGGGAAAUCAUGGAAGGAGAGAAAAGCUUGGAUAUCAAAAGGAAUUCUGAGAAAUGGAAGAACUUAGCCAAAGACGCUGUGGAUGAAGGUGGAAGCUCUGACAAGAAUAUACAGGAAUUUGUGGCUGAUAUUACAGGGAAUUAGCAUUUAUAUAUGUUAAUAGCUGUCUUCACUGCAGCAAGAAUUUAAACUACUUUAUUUUUGUUUAUUCGGGUUCAGGCCUAAAUUUUCAAUUUAAUUUUAAUUAUUAGUUUUUGAA